AUGCAAAUUGCUGCCGAACUGCUUGCUUGUGGAAAUAAAAAUAUACGUGGAGAUGCUAAGAUCACUAACCAAGUUUUAUUUGCCAUUCGUUUUAUCUCUAUCUAUGUUACGUUUUACAAGACUGAGAUUCCUUUUGGAUAUUGGAAAGAACUUGCUAAAAACCCAGAUGAAAGGAAAGCGGUGUUGACUACAUUAACUAAAAUUCGUCAAUAUCUUUUGAAAUAG